CUGCAAAAGCGCAAGCGGGGAAAACUGACAAGUCAACUCUUACCUCUUGUUCAUCAUUGAACGCAACUCUAUUGCUUCUCCCAUAAAUUACUGCUUUGCCGCAAAAUAAUGAUGACCGACAACUGGCGAACCAUUGACAUUGACCAGUACGACGAAGACGCUUAUACAGAAGAUGAAAUUCUUGCCGAAUUUGAGUCUGGUAUUUCUCCACAAGAAGCCGACGCAUCUGCACAAACGCGAAGCACCGACGUGCGAAACUUUCUCACAAAAGGCGAUUUGAAUAACGCUUUGCUUCGUGCACUUGAAGAUCCUCCAUAUGGUCGUCAGCUUGCACAGGCCAAGCUCACUAGCACACAAACUCUUCUGGAAGUCUUGAAUUUGUUCCGUGCGGAUGACAUUGCAUCGGUUAUCAGUUCGCUAAGCAUCGAUCAAAAGGACCUAUUGAUGAAAUAUCUGUAUGCUGGCCUCGCGAAACCUGAACUGUACAACUCGGGUGUGUUAUUGACUUGGCACGAAAAGUUAGUAGAUGUUGUCGGUACAGGUUGCAUUGUUCGGGUCAUGUCCGAUAAGCGCACCGUAUUUUAGAAAAGGCAUCAAAUAUUAACGAAUAAAUAUCCUCAAGAAUACGCAUAUACAGUACAUAAAGAACGAGGAAAACGGCCGGUAAAAAUAUAAAUGGGGUCGAGAAAUGGCCAAAGCGAAACUGAGGGUCAUAUCGAUGGCUACCGUGUAAGAUAACUGCCGCCACGACAGCUCCUGUUGAUGUUCAACUUGUUAUAUUUACUUUGUGCUUUUCUGGCAAUGUGUGGCUUACACAUAUUCACGCCUAACUACUUGUCCAUAUCUCAGACAAGGUCCUGCUUGGAACUUAGAAAUGCAUAUGCGUGUGAUAUUCAAAAUAAAUGUAGCUUUUGGACCAUUAUUAGUAGAGUUGUGAUGCCAACGUAUUGUUUCGCGCUAUAAAUCAUAACACCUAC